UGAAUCACAAAUUAAAAUUUCUCCUAACUUCUAUUCUCCUCCCCCGCUACCUCCUUCCCCAUCUUCUGCGAACGAGGAAAUCGGGUGUUGGAAGAUCAAAGCAGGAUCACAUUUGAAGGAAAUGGGGGAACCCUUGCCGGCCUUGGCGGUAGGGUUGCUGGGACUGGGAAGCUGCACAUGUGGGUUCAUCGCCGGUGCCACAAGGCUCAAGCGGGAUGAUAUCAUCCUGCAGGGCGGCGAGUGCGUGUACCCGACGAACCCCGCCUUCGCGCUGGGGUACGUCGUGGUGUCCCUGCUGCUGCUGACCAUCGUGUUGAUCACGGCACGAUGUUUCUGCAAGUGUUGCAGCUGCGGUUGUAAUAUGCUUUCGGUGGUGGGCAUCCUUAGCACCGUCAUGGCAUGGUACUCCGCGUUGCGCGCGGGAUUACUCUUCUUUCUAGCCACGGAGGCGAACCGUCCCGGGGGGCGUGGUAAUGCCCCUAAGUGCUACGACUAUGUUCGCGUGGGCGUCCUCUUCGACCAUGCGGCCUACCGGGCCUUCCAAGUCACCUUCUUCGGACUCCUGUCCGGCGGUGCGCUUCACAAGGGGGCCCAGGUCCCCGCCUCUUGAUCACUAUUCAACAUCUAUGUACAAUUUGUGAAGGACUACGAUUUUUUCGUAGCUGCUAUUUUCUUUCUUUUAAAUUCUCAAAGCAACACAACAUUUUAGGCCGGCUUCUGCAUGAGAGGACGAUAUGUAUGGCAAAUAUAAUAUAUAUAUUCUAGGGGCCUCUUUUGGAUCGCA